AUGGCAGCAAUUCUGCGGGCCCCAGGCUUGGGAGCAGUCUGGGGCACCGUGCGCGGCCUGGCCACCGCGGUCCGACAGGCGGAACCGGCCACCGCUGGUCUCGAUGCCAAGCAGAUGAAUCUCUGCUCGGCCGUCAAUGACGCACUGCACAUCGCCAUGGAUGAGAAUCCCAAGACGCUUGUAUUUGGGGAGGACGUCAGCUUUGGCGGCGUGUUUCGGUGCACUGUGGGCCUCGCAGAGAAGCAUGGGAAGCAUCGUGUAUUCAACACCCCCCUCUGCGAGCAGGGCAUAGUCGGCUUUGGCAUUGGCGCCGCUGCUCAGGGCUACUCGCCCAUCGUAGAGAUCCAGUUUGCAGACUACAUCUUCCCAGCUUUUGACCAGAUCACCAACGAGGCGGCCAAGUAUCGGUUCCGGUCUGGCGGAGAGUUUGACGUGGGGGGUCUCACCAUCCGCACACCCUACGGCGCUGUGGGGCAUGGGGGCCACUACCACUCGCAGUCCCCCGAGGCCUUCUUCACGCACAUCCCCGGAAUCAAGGUGGUGAUGCCCUCUGGUCCCCGCGAAACCAAAGGCCUACUCCUGUCGGCCAUCCGUGACCCAAACCCCGUCGUGGUCUUCGAGGCCAAGAUGCUGUACCGCACGGCGGUGGAGGACGUCCCCACCGGCGACUAUUCCAUCCCGCUGGGCCGGGCGCGGAUUGCCCGCGCCGGCAGCGACGUCACGCUCGUCGGCUGGGGCCAGCAGGUCCUGGUGCUGGAGCAAGCCGCCAAGGAGCUGGCGGCCUCCGACGGCAUCGAGGCCGAGGUGAUCGACCUGCGCACGCUGCUGCCCUGGGACGCAGACGCGGUGGCUGCCUCCGUCGAAAAGACCGGGAGGCUGGUGGUGAGUCACGAGGCCCCGCUGACGUCCGGGUUCGGCGCGGAGAUCGUCGCCGCCAUCUCCGACCGCUGCUUCUACUCCCUGGAGGCCCCGCCGCUGCGCAUCGCGGGCUACGACACGCCCUUCCCCCUGGUCUGCGAGCCCCUGUACCUCCCCGGCGUGCAGCGGGUGGUGGAUGGCGUGCGCCGGCUGCUCCGCGCCUGA